UGCCCACGAAAAUAAUAAUGAACCACAGGUAACAUUCUAGUGUAUAUGGGUGCACGUUUCUUGUAAAAUAUGUGCCGUUGAAAACGUUUAAAUUAUUAUCUAACAUUAAAGUUUUUUCCAAAAUCCAACCGUAGCCCCAGCGACAGCCACAGCGUCAGACAACGCUCACACAGUUGUCACAAAGUAGAACAAGUAGCUCUAGCGCUACCAGACCUCUUCCAUCGAUUUUUGAAAGCAGUUGUAUUCAAUAUUCAAAUGUUGGUGGUAGAAAACGGAAAAGGUCAUCAACAUCCCAAUCAAAGUCUGCAAAGCUUUACACAAAAGAUGUUGUUGGCCUUUUACCAUCAGAAAAUGGCAAAGAUAUUCCAAUUCCUCGUGGAAAUAGCCGAGGUUGCUUAGCUAAUAUGGGUUUAAUUGGAAAAAUCUCAUUAAACUCCGCAUGGGUAGCAAAGGAUGUUACCCGUGAAAUAACAAGCAUAUUUGCCUCAGUUUUUGACUUGCUACCUGGUGAACUGCUGCCAUUUGACUACUUAGGGCAAAAUAACCAAAGGUACAAAAAAGCUUUCCAUUCCUAAGACAUCAACUUCCUUCCAAUGGAAUGCUCCAGAGGUCAUAUCACUGUGUUCUCAAGGAUGUUUAUACAUCAUUUCCAAAAUUAAAAUUGGGAAAAAUGAGGAUGUUGAUGGAGCUUUAAUUGUUGAAGUGAGUCAUAUAGGGUGAUACUUUCGCUAUGUCUGUUGUAGCAGUAAUUGUUCUUCAUCGUAGUGUUGGUUUCUUUUCUAUUUCAAUGUAUAUUGCCAUUGCCUUGAAUGAAAAUUUCAGGAUGACUCCAAACAGGAUGAUUUUGAUAACGAACUUUUAAAUAUAUCAAUGUCUACGCCUCGGGCUGCGCAAAGUGUGUCAGGGGGAUCAAUGACUAUACCUGGCGCUGCACAAAGUCAUUCAGAGGGAUCGAUGACUAUACUAGGUGCUGCACAAUGUUUUUCAGAGGGAUCAACUAGCCAUCAUACAACUUCCACCAUUGAGAGCAAUCACUAUAGGUCAUUCUUAGGAUUGCUUGAUCCAGACCCCAUUGAAAUUAGCGAUGAUGACAACGAUGAGGUGCAGACAGCUAUUCAAAAUAGCAUGGGCUUAGCAAACGAUUCAAGCGCGCAACAAAUGGUUAGUACUGUUUUGAAUGACCACAUAGAUAAAGUGAUGGUUGGAAAAUCCUGUGACGUAGCCAUAUCUAAAAACAUUAUUAACGUUCGCCGCAAGCAUGUAUUUGAAGACGGUAUUGCCAAGCUAGGAAGAAAAAAAUUUGAUCCUUCACGUCCGUUGUCUGUCAUGUUUGCCGACGAAAUCGGGUCUAGCGAGGGUGCUGUGGAUCUAGGAGGGCCGACACGAGAAUUUCUCCGCCUUGCAGUUUCAGGAGCCUUUUCGAACGCGUUCCUGGGAUUGCCCUCGAAAAAGGUGCUGGUUAUGAACCAAGAAGCAAAGAGGAAAAACUUGUAUUUUCAAUGUGGAAAACUUCUUUCCGUUUCCUUGUGUAAUGGUGGAACUGCAGGACAUUGUCUAUCCCCCCUCUAUAUCAGUGCUACUACAGAAGAAACAACGUUUGCAACGAUAGUAGGAUCUGAUGAUGCCAUUGAUGUUUUUGCACAAGCUGGCUUUCACGGCAUUCCAAACAAGCCGCUGACCGCGAUAGAAGUUGACAGAAUAUUUACACCAGAUUUUUCAGAAGAUGGUUGUCGAAGACGUGAAAGGGAGGAGCUCGUUAUAAUGCAUUGGCGUGACUAUCUACAAGAGUGCGAAGCAAACUGCUUUGCCAAUGUUUCAGAGCCUCUUGUAUCUUUGCCGAUGAUUAUGAUUUUUGCAACUGGGUUGGAGGAAGAGCCUCCCUUAGGAUUUCAUGACAAACCAACUAUUUGUUUCUGGGAAGAUGUUCGUCCCAAAAGCAACACCUGCGCUCACAUUUUGUAUUUGCCACUUCAUAAUGAUAAAGAUGAUCUUAGUUAUGAAGAAUUUCAAGAAAUGAUGAACGAUGGGAUUCUGAACUCACCUACAUUUGGUGCUCCAUAG